AUGAUAAUGAAGAACAAGCAGUAUCUUGAGACAGAGUUAGUACCUUCUUGUUACAGAUGCAAAAGCGAAAGAGUAUGCUUGAAGAAAUCGAACGCUAGUUUGAAGAGGAAAAUCUUGAAUCUUUUCAAUCUUCUACUUGCAGCUGCGAUCGAUGGUCUUGAACAGAUGAAAGUUGAUGAUUCUAAGAACAUUGAAGAAAAUCUGCUAAUAGAAAGAUAA